UCCAGCCUCCUGACGGUGCGCAGCGGAGUGAUUUGCGCUUCUGUUUUUUUUCUUCUUCCUUCAGCAUCAGUCUGAGCGCUGGGCUUGAGGGGGAGCGGACCUGUAGGGCCCAGUCUGACUGUGAGAGGCAUCUUUAUACUUGACACACAUGGAGCUCUAGUAUAAGCACGUUCUUUGUGGAUUGUGGAAGGGAGAGAUUUUGUUUUAUUUAUUUUUUAAGAAAAAAAAAAGGUAGCCCGGUUUCUGUACAACUGCGGGCCCCGCUCAACCAUGGAGAUGCAAAGAUGGAACACCAGGUGGAAAACGAAAAGUUGUCUAUGGGACUCAACGCUCACCGCACUGGUUUCAUUCAUUUUAAUUCUACAAGCUGCCACAGCCAGUGCAGCUGAUCCAGUGGAUGUACUGAAGGUGCUAGACUUCCGCAGCUCUCCUGAAGGUGUACGGAAAACAGCGGGCUUCUGCACCAUGCGGAGAGGAUCCAAACCUGAUGUCGCUUACAGAGUGGGAAAACAGGCCCAAAUCAGUGCUCCAACCAAGCAGCUCUUCCCCGGGGGAGAUUUCCCAGAAGAUUUCUCCAUCAUGUUUACCAUUAAGCCCAAGGCUGGCCUCCAGACCUUCCUGAUGUCCGUGUACAACAAGCAAGGCAUCCAGCAGCUCGGUGUGGAGGUGGGCCGUGCCCCUGUCUUCCUGUAUGAGGACCAAAAUGGCAAACCUGCCCCAGAGGAGUACCCCUUCUUUCGCUCCAUCAACCUUGCAGAUGGAAAAUGGCAUCGUGUAGCUAUCAGUGUGGAGAAGAAGAGUGUCACCAUCAUUGUGGACUGUAAGAAGAAGGUGACCAGGCCGCUCAACAGAGGUGACCAGGCUGUUAUCAACACAGAGGGCAUUACUGUCUUUGGCACCAGAAUCCUGGAUGAUGAGGUCUUUGAGGGUGACAUCCAGCAGCUGCUGAUAGUGGCAGACCCCAGGGCGGCCUAUGACUACUGUGAACACUACAGCCCCGACUGUGAAACCCCCAACCACCAUGACACCCCACAGGCUCAGGAACCUGAGGAAGAGUACACUAACUAUGACUAUGGUGAGUCGUAUGACUACAAUGAAGGAGAGUUAACAACUGAUGCUCCUCCCACUGAAAAAGCCAAGACUGAGACACACGUGGCUGGGUACGACUACACAGAGGAGUACGACUACACCACAGUGGAUGGAAGUCAACCUGAAACUCCCACUGAUACUGCAGGGCAAGGAGAGAACUACGAUGGUGAGAUAGUGGAUGAUUACAUCACUGGCGUGGAAGAGGUGGGGGCGGAGCCUGAGCCUACGGUAGCUGUGGAAACCCCUGCCCCAGUGGAACCUCAUGAGUCUGUGGACCCUGCCACUGAUGUGUAUGAGUUUAAGGAGUAUGAUUUGAAGGAAUAUGACAACACCAACAACAAAGAAUUUGUUGAGAAGCCAUAUGACUAUGGUGAUUAUGGUGAUUACGACACCAAACCGACCCCAGAAACAUACGAGGAGGAGUUUGGUCCUGGUGUCCCAGCAGAGACAGACUUCAGAGAGAGCAACGUGGGUGGAGGUCAAAGUUACCUGGGGGAAAAAGGAGAGAAGGGUGAACCUGCUGUCAUUGAGCCUGGGAUGCUUAUAGAAGGACCCCAAGGAGGCCCCGGCCAAGCAGGUGUUCCUGGUACCCCAGGAUUGCAGGGUCCCCCAGGUCCCCAUGGAGAUCACGGUGAGAGGGGUCCACCAGGGCGUCCCGGUAUUCCUGGUUCAGACGGUGUCCCUGGGCCUCCAGGUACCAUUCUGAUGCUCCCAUUCCGUGCAGGCGGGGAGUCGCACAAAGGACCUGUGGUUUCCGCCCAGGAAGCUCAGGCUCAGGCCAUCCUAUCUCAGGCUAGGCUGGCCAUGAGAGGUCCUCCAGGGCCAGCAGGCAUGACGGGAAGAUCUGGUCCUUUGGGAGUUCCUGGUGCUCCUGGACUUAAAGGUGACAGUGGUGUGUCUGGACCACAGGGACCCAGAGGUCUUCAAGGUGGGACGGGGCCUGUAGGAAAGCCAGGAAAGAGGGGUCGUAAUGGCGCCGAUGGGGCUCGAGGUUUGCCAGGAGAGUCCGGAGGAAAGGGUGACCGGGGUUUCGACGGCCUCCCUGGUCUUCCUGGAGAGAAGGGGCACAGAGGAGAACAUGGUCCUACAGGUUCUCCAGGGUCUCCAGGAGAAGAUGGUCCAAGAGGUGAAGAUGGCCAGGUUGGACAGAGAGGUGUGGCUGGAGAGGGUGGUCCUCGAGGUUUGCUUGGCCCCAGAGGGUCUGCAGGUACUCCAGGACAGCGUGGUCUUACUGGACUUGAUGGACAAGCUGGUCCUAAAGGAAACAUGGGUCCACAAGGAGAGUCAGGGCCUCCAGGGCAGCAGGGUUUGCCUGGUCCACAUGGUCUCGUUGGUCCUCAAGGUCCAAUCGGGCCUCCUGGAGAAAAAGGACCUCAAGGUAAACAGGGUUUGGCUGGUCUUUCUGGUGCUGACGGUCCUCCUGGUCACCCCGGAAAAGAGGGUCCUGCAGGCGAGAAAGGUGCCGUUGGUCAUACUGGUCCUAUGGGCUCCAUCGGCUACCCUGGGCCCCGUGGUGUGAAAGGUGCUGAGGGCAUCAGAGGCCUCAAAGGUGGCAAAGGAGAAAAGGGAGAAGACGGAUUCCCCGGCUUCAAAGGAGACAUGGGUAUCAAGGGUGACAAGGGUGAGGUUGGUGUACUCGGACCCAGGGGGGAGGACGGUCCAGAGGGCCCCAAGGGCAAAUCAGGACCCAAUGGAGAAUCUGGCCCCCUUGGAUCAGCUGGAGAAAAGGGAAAACUCGGAGUCCCAGGUUUGCCUGGCUAUCCUGGAAGACAAGGCCCCAAGGGCUCCAACGGCUUCCCUGGAUUCCCUGGGGCAAAUGGCGAGAAAGGAGCGAGGGGAAUCGCUGGCAAAGCUGGGCCGAGAGGGCAACGCGGCCCAACGGGUCCACGUGGUGGGCGUGGUGCAAGAGGACCAACAGGGAAACCAGGUGCAAAGGGAACCUCGGGCAAUGAUGGACCUCCCGGCCCACCAGGCGAGAGGGGCCCUCAAGGACCACAGGGACCUGUCGGCUUCCCUGGACCCAAAGGACCCAAUGGCCCAGCAGGAAAAGAUGGCUUGCCCGGACAUCCUGGGCAGCGGGGAGAGACUGGAUUCCAAGGAAAGACGGGACCUCCAGGACCUGGAGGGGUUGUUGGACCACAGGGCCCAACUGGUGAGACGGGCCCCAGUGGAGAGCGAGGACACCCAGGUUCUCCUGGGCCACCUGGAGAGCAAGGUUUACCUGGAGCUGCUGGAAAAGAGGGUGGAAAGGGUGAUCCAGGUCCUCAAGGUCAUGGUGGCAAGCCUGGACCUUCUGGCCUUAAGGGUUUCCAAGGGGCAAGAGGUCUUCCAGGGGCCAUGGGUCCAGCUGGCUUAAAGGGAGGAGAAGGCCCUCAGGGUCCCCCUGGCCCCAACGGUUCUCCUGGAGAGAGAGGUGCUGCCGGCCCUGGUGGUCCCAUUGGUCUGACAGGGCGCAACGGUCCCCAAGGACCCCCGGGCCCUGCCGGGGAAAAGGGAGCUCCUGGAGAGAAAGGUCCCGUGGGUCCCGCCGGCCGUGAUGGUAUUCAAGGCCCUGUUGGUCUUCCUGGAUCAGCCGGUCCUCAGGGUCCCCCUGGAGAGGACGGUGACAAGGGAGAAGUUGGAGGACCCGGUCAGAAGGGAAGCAAAGCAGACAAGGGUGAACUUGGUCCACCAGGUCCAAGUGGUCUUCAGGGUGUGAUUGGAGCUCCUGGCCCAGCUGGCAGCGAUGGGGAGUCUGGACCGAGGGGACAGCAGGGUAUGUUUGGCCAGAAAGGAGACGAAGGACCCAGAGGAUUCCCGGGUCUACCAGGACCCAUCGGGCUCCAAGGUUUGCCUGGGCCUCCUGGUGAGAAGGGAGAGAAUGGAGACGUCGGAGCAAUGGGUCCACCUGGUCCUCCUGGCCCAAGAGGUCCUCAAGGUUCCAGUGGAUCUAAUGGUGCACAAGGUCCUCCUGGUGGUAUUGGUUCAAUGGGAGGUGUUGGUGAGAAGGGAGAAAACGGGGAGGCUGGAAACCCAGGAUCGGCUGGAGAGCCUGGUAUUGCGGGCCCCAGAGGAGAGACUGGUGAGAAGGGAGAGUCGGGCCCACCAGGAGCAGCUGGACCUGCUGGUGCCCGCGGACCCCCUGGAGAUGACGGCCCCAAGGGGAACCCUGGUCCUGUUGGAUUCCCAGGAGACCCUGGUCCCCCUGGUGAGCCUGGUGCUGCUGGUCUUGAUGGUUUAGCAGGCGAUAAAGGGGAUGAUGGAGAGGCCGGUCAACCUGGCCCUCCCGGUCCGUCUGGUGAGGCCGGUGUACCCGGACCUCCUGGCAAAAGGGGAUCUCUUGGAAAAGCAGGUCAAGAGGGCAGACAGGGAGAAAAGGGAUCCAAGGGAGAAGCUGGAGCAGAAGGACCUGUUGGUAAAACUGGACCUGUGGGACCCCAGGGACCACCUGGAAAGUCUGGUGCUGAGGGUCUACGUGGAAUCCCCGGCCCUGUUGGCGAACAAGGACUCCCUGGUGCUUCUGGUCAAGAUGGCCCUCCGGGACCUAUUGGACCGCCUGGACUUCCUGGUAUGAAAGGUGACUCUGGAUACAAGGGAGAAAAGGGUCACCCAGGUUUGAUUGGUCUGAUUGGACCCCCCGGUGAGUCCGGAGAGAAGGGAGACCGAGGUCUGCCUGGACCUCAGGGUCUUGCAGGCGGCAAGGGUGAACUUGGCGGUGUUGGUUUCCAAGGUCCUCUUGGCCCCCCUGGUCCCCCUGGUCUUCCUGGAUCUCAAGGACAGAAAGGAUCCAAGGGAUCAGAUGGUUCAGCUGGUCAGAAGGGAGACCCUGGACUGAUUGGACCUCCUGGAGCUCCUGGACCCCCCGGUGACAUCAUCCAGCCUCUGCCCAUUCAGCAUUCAUCGGGAAAGAGGAGGCGUCAGGCUGAGAUGCAGGGAGAUGAAGCGCUGGCAGACUACGGCGUUGAGGGCAUGGGCAUGGAGGGAAUGGAGGACGUCUUCGGAUCCCUCAACAACCUCAAACAAGACAUCGAGCGCAUGAAGUUCCCCAUGGGAACCCGGGACAAUCCUGCCAGGACCUGCAACGACCUUCACCUCAGCCAGCCUGACUUCCCAGAUGGUGAAUACUGGAUCGAUCCAAACCAGGGCUGCAUAGGAGACGCCAUCAACGUCUUCUGUAAUUUCACAGCAGGUGGAGAGACGUGCGUCUACCCUGAUAAGAAAUCCACAGGAGUUCGAAUAUCAAACUGGCCCAAGGAAUCACCAGGUUCAUGGUUCAGUGAAUUUAAACGUGGCAAAAUUUUGAACUACGUUGACGUUGGACAAAACACCAUCACCUCAGUGCAGAUGACCUUCCUGAAGUUGCUGAGCUCCUCUGCUCGGCAGAACUUCACCUACAUCUGCCAUCAGUCCGUGGCCUGGUUCGACGCCAAGGCCGACAACUACGACAAGGCGCUGCGCUUCCUGGGCUCCAACGAUGAGGAGUUGUCUUACGACAAUAAUCCCUUCAUCAAGCCAGUGAUGGACGGCUGCUCGAUGAAGCAGGGCUACUCCAAGACGGUGCUGGAGAUCAACACUCCCCGCAUCGACCAGCUGCCCAUCAUCGACGUCAUGCUGAAUGACUUUGGCGACUCCAACCAGAGGUUUGGCUUCGAGGUCGGCUCCGUCUGUUUCCUCGGCUAGACACGCCCCUUCCCCCGCUGAAGGACAGGGUCACGUCAACACACCCAACACGCCGAGAUCCGACAUCCUUUACCUUCUCUCCCCGCGAAGCGAGAAAAAAAAAACCUGUGUUUUCUUUUGUUGCCGAGAAGAUCCACUUCAAGCCCGGAGAAGAAGAGCGCCCCCACCAGGCCCUGUCAUGAAAGCGCUGACCAGGGGAAAGUACUCCUUGCCCUUGUAGGGCCAGAAUCACAUGACUUUAACUUGACAUCAGGAAAAAAACGAAAAUGAGGGCAUUUGAUGCCGUGGCGGACAGUGGCGCACUUUCAGCAACAGAGAGAGGAUCCACUCACACCCAGCCCCGCCCCCUCCCCUCUCCUCACCCCUCCUCCCACCGCGCCUCCCUCUCUGGAUGCUCCAGGUGCUGCUCUGAUUACAACCACAGAGGUGUUUUUUGUGCAGAAUCACGAAACACUCAAGGUGCUACAAAAAGUGCUUUUUGAUAAAACUGUAAUAAUUAUUAUUAUUAUUAUUAUUAUUAUUAUUAUUUUGUACAAUAUUGUUCCUCUCCGUAUCCACUCUUUUAAAAAGAAUAAAAAACUUGCAUGUGCCCCCGCCUCUUACAUUUCAAAUUGAUAUUUGGUUAACUAUAUUGGAAAAAUAAAACGAUAAAUAUAUUUGAUGUUUGUUGAGACUUAUCAUGACAUCAUUUACUUCAAUUUGUAAUUAUAAAUUACAAGGUUUUUGUAAAUAAUAUAACUUUCAUAACAAAACUGAAAAGUGACUCUUAACUCAAAAAAACAUUUCUUAUUACAUAUCCGAUGAUAUGCCCAGUAGGAAAUUAAGCCAUAAUAAUAAUAAUAUGAUAUAGUAAUAUAAAUAAUGUUAGAAAGGGCUUAUUCUCGGAGACAGCUGUUGUACCUCACUUUCUUUCAUAAAUGUGGACACGUUCUGGCUCCUCAGCCGUUAUUAUUUUGGUGGCGAACAAACAAAAAGAGUAAAGAUUUUUUUUUAAUUUGUCCAUUUGUGUGUGUUUUUUUUCUAAUUAAGUAACAAAAAAAAUACACUGUUGAUUUUCUUCUUUGUAACAAUGAACACAAAUGUUUUCAUGUGCCUUGAAUUGUUCAUUCAAAAAAUAUUAAAACUGGAUUCUGAAAAAUGUGGGGUGGAAUGUUUGUAUUGUUGGCUGUCUGCGUGUAGAAAUGAUGAUGAGUGCUCUUUUUGUUGUGAUUCUGCGCCGCCGCCACCUUAUUAGCCGCCUUUCACCAUUAAUGAUAAUUUAAGAUGAUUAUAGGAGGAUUAAUGGUUCAUGUUUGGGCUGGUGUGAUGGAUUCUGAUGAGCCCAGGUGCUUUAAUCUCCUCCACUUUUCUUUCUCUGACUCAGAUUUGACUUUGAUCAUGAUCUAUUUUGCAUCUCCACCUCCUUCGCUUGCCGCUAUCGUAGCACAGACUUCAGAGUCGCUUUCGAACUUGUGUACUUACAGUAUGUUAACAACCUUAUGUACAACUGAAAUAAAUGUUUGGUGCUUUGCCAAAUGCA